AUGGGUAAGGGCAAGGGUCUAAUUGAUUUCCGAAGAGGUUGCGGACGCAGUUCUCUCGGUGCGAGACUCGACACGGGAAUGCGCAUGCGCUAUGUGGCGUUGAUAAACGGCAAUGAGACGUACGACCCCAUUUGGAAUGCCGUGGACCGACUAAGCUCCAAGGAUGCAGCAAAUGCUUUGGAAGAACCUUUGAACUGCGGUGGAUUCUCAAAUUUAUUUAGACGAAUCGAAUUCACAUAG